AAUAACUUAAGACCUAUGUAACAAUUUCCUCCAUGAGAAGAAGACAAAUUAGACCAAAAGUUUGAGAGAAACCUAUAAAACCUACAAAUAUUGGGAAGAAAAAAUAGGAGUAAAUAGGUAUGGGUCCAUGUUAAUGAUGCAUGUGACAAACAAUCAAAGCCCACACCAUUAAUUGGAGAUUGAAGAAAAAACACUGCUUUUCAUAUUCUGUAACACCACUUCAAUUCCUUUUUCUCUUGUUUCCUAUUCAGUACUAUGUCCUGAGAGUGCCCAUAACUUCUUUUGUCUUUUUAUCUCAGUUUCCAUAAGAAAUAAUCAACUCAAGCCACAAUGUGUGUUUGUGUGAUUAGUUUUGUGAUAAGACAUUCCAUAAUUUUCCUAUUGUGUGUUUAGGAUAAGUGAAGAUGCUUUUGGUUUGGACCAUAUUAUAUAAAUAACAUGUGUCUGCAAUGCCGCAAAGUGGAGCUUUCUUCACUCACAAUAAUCAUUUUUUUUUUUCAUUGAAUGAAACAAACAAGACAUUCAAAAUAGAACAAAAGUUCUACAGAGAUAGAGAGAGAAAGAGAGCUUUUCUUCAUGGGUGGUUCUACAAGCAAGGAUGAGAGAAACAGUAGUAAGAGACGCAUCAAGGUGAAAGCAAAUGAACAGAGAAGGAGAGAAACAAGAAGAGAGCUUGAUGAGAAAGAGAGAGUGAUUUUGGCGUUGAAGAUGGCAGAGACAGAGUGGAGGAAAGAGAGGAAGAGACUGAGAGAGGAAGUGAAGAGGCUGAGACAGAAGAUGGAAGAGAAGGAAGAAGGAAAGGCGAAACAACACGAGUGGGAAUGGGUCGUGGAACAGAUGUGUUUAGAGAGAGCAGUGAGGGAAGAAGCUGUGGAGAGGUGGAAGCAGCUCUACUUUGCUAUCAAGAAUGAGCUUGAUGAUCUCAUCCACACAACAUAUGGAGAGGCACUGAGACAGAAACCGCAAGAAGAAGUUGCAAAGGCAGUGCAAGAACUCAGAAAGGAAGUUAAAGCUAGGGGAGAAACCAUUGAGACACUGAAAGGGAGAAUAAAUUUGAUGGAGAAACAACAAAAUGGGAAGGAAAGAGAGAUUGACUUACUGAGACAGAGUCUGCGUAUCCUCGGCGGUAGCAGCGGGAAGAACAAGGCACUAUCAUCUACUACCAGAAACCUGACAGUAUUCAAAACAAAAUUCAUCGGGUGUAAAUAACUGUUUUAGUCAUUUGAAGUUACUUUUCCACAAGGAUUGCUGUAUAAGUAGACUCAGUAAGCUUCAAGCAAUAAUAAGCCAUUUCUUUCCUAUCUCAUGACGCUAAAGAAAGUUGUAUAUACUUCACAAGUAACAUAUCCAGCAUCAAGAAAAUCUAAUGGAAAAGAAAAACGGUGAAUGAUCAGG